CUGAGACAGAGAGACAGAGGGAGAGGGAGGGGAGUGAAGCACUGUUCAGAUACCCCCACGCACACAGUUUGUUGCUGCCCCUGGAUCGAGAUGAACUACAACAAGACGCCGUUCUCCCGUACAGCCAGCUCCAGCAGCAUGGUGAUCGGGUUAACCCCCAGGAGAGCCAGCAAUGCCCGCAGCCUGCAGGGUGAUGCGAGCAGGAGCGUGAGAGUAGCUUCUUACAGCCCGGGCAGUAUAACCAACCUGAGCAGGAUUGCAGUCCCCAACACCUUCAACCAGCAGGAUGAGCUGCAGGGACUGAAUAAGCGACUGGCUAUUUACCUGAACAAGGUGAAGAGCUUGGAAAGUACGAACAAGGAGUUGCAGGGCAAGAUCCAUGCUCACCUGGCUCAGAAAGGUAACCUGGCUCGGGACUGGAGCUCUUACGAGAAGCCAGUGGUGGAUAUCUGCAAACAGGUUCAGGAAACAAACAUGGACAACGCUGGUCUGACUCUGCAGCUGGACAACUGCGAACUGGCCUCUGACGAUUUCAAAGUGAAGUGGCAAUCAGAGUUGGACCUGCGGCAAUCAGUGGAACAGGACCUUAACGGGCUGCGGAAAAUCCUUGAUGACACCAAUGUGGGCCGCAUGCAGCUGGAGUCCCAGAUUGAGGCCUUGAAUGAGGAGCUGAGUUAUCUCCGGAAGAACCACCAGGAGGAAGUGGAUGAGCUCAAAAAGCAAAUUGCAAAUUCCAGUGUCUCAGUGGAAGUUGAAAAUUCCGACGACGAGGAUCUUGGGAAAAUUAUGUGCAGCAUCCGUGAGGAAUAUCAGGCCCUGGCUGAUCAGAACAGAAAGGAUGCAGAGGAAUGUUACAGAAAGAAGUUUGAUGCUGCUUCUCUUGAAGCUUCAAAGAAUAACGAAGCUCUUCAAGCAACAAAGAAUGAGCUGACCAAUAUCCGGCGCCAGAUCAAAAACCUGGAGGUUGAGCAACGCUCCUUGAUGGCCAUGAUCAGUUCCCUUGAAGACACUUUGGAGGACACUGAUCAGCGAUUGGCUGCAGAGCUACAAGCCCUGAACCAGACCAUCCAGCACCUGGAGGAGCAGCUCGCUGAUAGCCACAGCAGACUGAAAGCUCAGAAUUUGGAGUACCAGAACCUCCUCAACACCAAGAUGAGACUGCAAGCUGAGAUUGACACCUAUCGUCGUCUGCUGGAAGUUGAAGGACAUAGUCAAACAGAUCAUUUCAGAAGUUUUCCUGAUUCAAGCACUGGAGACAAGAAAACCACUAAGAAAGUCAUCAUCAUUUCCCAGAAGGUCAUAAAUGGGAAAGUCGUUUCGGAGAAACAGGAAUCCAAAGAAAUUCUGCAGUAAAAAUCUUCUUCAUGCAGAGAAAGUUUCCGAAAAGCAUUCCGGCCUGUUUCCAGCAAAUAAUGCAGGGUAAAGGGAAUGUCUGGUGAUUCUGGGAUGUUAUUCUGAUCAUCUUGUUUUUGUCAAGUGAUCUGCUGGCUGAUGGGUUGAGGACUGUUGAUUGGCUACAUUUACAUGUCCCAUACUGUAUCUUGUGUGAAAGGGGCAACGUGUUCAGGUAGAAAAAAACAAUAUCUGGCUCUAUCAAAGGCACAGGAAUGUGUCUGUCAUGUAGGUUCACUCAGCACUAUUAUGGCAGUUGUCUGAUGAAUAAACAGUUGGAUUGAGUUAACAUUUGGUGAAGUUGCAUGUUUUCCUGCAUGACUGAAGACUGCCAAUUUUUGCUUGAACACUGCAUAUUCCUGUAUAUUUACAAUUACUCCAAUGUUUUCACUGUACACUAUCUUUAAAGUGUACUCCUAUUAAGUAUAUUCAUCAUGUACUCCAAUGUAUUCACUUGUAUCACUAUGCUUUCCUUGUAUGUUUCUGCUUUCAAACUCAAAUUGAUGAGGAGCCAACAUGUACCUUCCUAUAUACUCUGCAUAUACUCCCAUAGUAUCCAUGGAAGUUUAAACUAUUACUUCUGACUGAAAUAACAAUUCCCAAAUCAUAGCAACAUCUGGACCAUAAUGAUGGGAUCUGAUCUGAUUGUAUCUGUUUUCUAUUUUUCUGCUCUAAUAAAAAGAUUUCAGUUUAUAAUGUA